AAAUGUGACUAUUGAAAAAUGAGUAUUGAUUGGAAAUGUUCUGAUUUUCGGCAUCAGUUCUGUCUGUCCCCCGCCCAUGAAAAACUUAUGUCUUGACUGGCCACUGAGGCAACCCCGUGGGCUUACUGGGAUGUGACGUCGCGCUUUCCAAAACCUGCGGAAAGUUGUGGAGAAAACAACCCGAAACAGACUUAGAAAUCCUCGGAAUGUACGAACCGCUGCCUUUAUACUGCAACUAGUCGUCGACAUGAGAAUACAGCGGUCUCGUGGCAUCGAGUUUUCAGCAUUGUUGGGUUCUAUCUUGGCUUUGUUUUUGGUGAAUCACUGUGCAUGUGCUAGUGAAGAUGAAGUUCUGGAUAAAAAUCAACUUUCUGAAUUAUACAACAAGGGCCUGUUCAUUCUGGAGAGCUCCUUGCUAAAGCGCUGCGUCAGCGCCGGUGACUCCAACCUGACCCUCGAAAGCUGCGAUCGGCCCACGCGCCGCAUGCUCUGGAAGUGGGUUUCCCGCCACCGCCUCUUCAACCUGGGCAGCAGUCUGUGUCUGGGCCUGAACAUCAGCGACGUUACCAACCCGCUAGGCACCUUCGAGUGCGACUCGCCUCUCCGUACCCUGUGGUGGCGCUGUAACGGCAACACGCUCUACGGGGCGUCCCAGCUGAAACUGUCUGUGGAGGGACGGUUGGUGGCUGUGAAGAAGAACUCGUACCACAAGUGGAGGAAGUUAUCCACGCUCGGGGAGGGCCCGUGCGCCUACCCGUACGAAGAGAUCCACCCUCUUCUGGGGAAUGCCCACGGCACGCCCUGCGCUCUGCCCUUCAAGUACAACAACCGCUGGUACUCAGAGUGCACCUCCGAGGGCAGGGAGGACCAUCACCUCUGGUGCUCCACCACCAGCCGCUACGACGAGAAGUGGGGCUUCUGCCCCAGCCCAGACUCCAGCUGUGACACGUUCUGGGACGCGAGCCAGGAGCUGGGGGCGUGCUACCAGUUCAACUUGUACACCAUCCUCACCUGGAGCCAGGCCCACUUGUCCUGCCUGGCCCAGGGAGCCAGCCUGCUCAGCAUCACACACCUGGACGAGCUCAGAUACAUCCAGGAGCGUCUUGGUGGUGACCUGGGGGUGAUGGUGUGGAUCGGACUGAACCACCUGAGGGAGGGAGAGGGGUGGCAGUGGUCAGACGGCUCUCCUCUUGGCCUGGUCAACUUCACCUCAGGGCUGUCUCCCACCCCCCUGAAGGAGAACAGGCAGUGCGGGGUGUACCUCUCCCAUGGGGGCCGCUCCCCGUGGCACAGCCUGGCGUGUGAGUCGGCUCUGCCCUACAUCUGUAAGAAGAUGCCUAACAACACCCGCCGGGCCGAACCGCUAAGUAACUGGCAGUACUAUCGUACAGAGUGUUUGGAGGGUUGGCUGGCCCACAACGGUUUCUGCUACCGGAUAGUGGAGGCAGGAUCGUGGGAGGAGUCCUUGGCGGCAUGUGACUCGGAUGCAGCCGGGCUCGCCAGCCUCCACUCCCUGUCUGAGGUCAAGCUACUGCUGCGCCUGCUGGCAAACCUGUCCGACGCCCACUCGGAGGUGUGGAUCGGUCUGGUGAAGAAGGUGCGGUCUGCGGAGGUGGAGUGGUCGGACGGCUCCCCCGUCACCCUCACCCUCUGGCACCCUCAACAGCCCGUCUAUCACCAUGGCAAUGGCUUGCUCUGCGCCAAGGCUGACAGGAAGGAAGGCAGCUGGACCUUGGCUCCCUGUGAUGCAUGGCUGCCUGCAGUGUGCAGGAAACCUGGUCUUCUGCCUCCCCAUCAGUCAGAAGACUGGGAUGAGGGCUGUCCUGUGGGCUGGAGGCGGUGGGGUCACUCCUGUUACACGGUGACCUCUCACCCUCAGACGUUCCAGGACGCUGUCCGGGGGUACUACUGCAAGGCCCCUCUGCUGACCCUGGAGGACAGGUUCGAGCAGGCGUUUGUCAACAGUUUGAUCAACGAGCUGGGAGCCAAUGAGAGCACUUCUUACUGGACGGCCCUCCAAGACCAGGGCAACACCGGGGAGUACAGUUGGCUGGGGCACAACGGCUCCUCCCUCCCUCUCACCUACACCAACUGGAACAAGCACCAACCAGUCAGUUCAGGUGGUUGUGUUGCCAUGUCGGGUGCCCAGGCCCUGGGUCACUGGGAGGUGAAAGACUGCAUUUCCCAGAAGGCCUUGUCGGUGUGUAAGCAGAGCAUCAGCAACUACCAGGAAGUGCAGCUGCCAGUGCAGCACAUCGACGCGUACGCCCCCUGUCCCCUGGGGUGGGAAUCACACUCUGGUCUGCUUCACUGUUACAAGGUGUUCCACAGUGAGAAGAUCCUGAUGAAGCGUUCCUGGGUGGAGGCUGACUACUUCUGCCAGGCGGUGGGUGCUGAGCUGGCCAGCUUCCACCACUACGAGGACCAGCAGUUUGUCCGGCAGCUGCUGCAGGACACGUUGGAAGGAACAGAGGGUCGCUGGUUCUGGGUGGGCCUGAACAAGAGAGAUCCACAGCUGGCUGGAGCCUGGGAGUGGUCAGACCGGACGCCCGUGGUGUCAUCGUUCAUUGAGGAUAAGAGCGAGGAGGGUGACAGUCAUAGUUGUGCUGUGUUCAGUGAUCUGACCAAUUCCCUGCUCCCUCAGCCCUGUGACGGCCAGCAUGAGUGGAUCUGCAACGUGGCACGAGGUGCUGAGCUGAACAAGCCCUACUGGUACACAGAACAGGAUGAACCCUGGGUUUUCUACAAAGGAGCAGAAUAUUUGUUGGCCAAAAAGCCAUUUCCCUGGGAGGCGGUGUCGCUGGCGUGUCAGAUGAUGGGUGCCAGCCUGCUGUCCAUCCACUCCAGAGAGGAGCUGAGAUUUGUUAAAGAGCGCAUGGGGCGGUUGGGCAGCUCUGAUUGGUGGAUCGGCCUGUCUACAGACUCGGUGACAGAGAAGUUAAGCUGGAGUGAUGGGUCAGAGCUGGACUAUCAUCACUGGGCUGAAGGCAGCUCCCAUUCUGCUCCUGUCAAACAGAAACGCUGUACUACCAUGUCUUACCAGUCAGGGAGGUGGACGGCGAGGGAGUGCGGCGGUCUCCAUGGUUACGUGUGUAAGCGUCGGACGGUGUCGGUGGUGGAGAUCCCCAGAGAGCCUCACUACAUCGGAGGCUGUCCCGAGAGGUGGCUGUACUUCGGACACAAGUGUCUCCUGCUGCACCUCCCCAGCAGCCCGACUGAGGGGAAGAGCUGGCGGGACGCCCAGUUCAUCUGCUCCUCCUUCCAGGGCUCGCUGGUGGCCAUCGAGGACGAGAUAGAGCAAGCCUACAUCACCAUGCUCCUUCAGGGUGGAGCUGUGGGCGUGUGGAUUGGCCUACGAGAUGAGGACACCAUGAAAUGGGCCAAUGGCAGACCUGUGAGCUACACAAACUGGUCUCCGGUGGAACCGAAGAACUCUCCCUCUUCGGAGGAGUGGCUGAGCGGGUCUCUAGCAGCAGAUGAGCCGCUCUGCACGGUGCUCUCCAACAACCACAACGUCCACCUGACAGGGAAGUGGUACGAUGACGUCUGCACUGAGACUGGCUACGGCUUCGUGUGUCAGAAGCCCCAAGACCCGUCCAGCCCCCCCACCCACUCCUACCUCCACCCCCUGCCUGAGCGUCCGGAGUACCGGGGGCGGAGCUACCGAGUGCUGCAGGGGAACCUGAGCUGGUACCAGGCUCUGCGCGUGUGUCUGGAGGACGGCUCUGACCUGGUCAGCAUCACUGACCCCUUCCACCAGGCCUUCCUCACUGUGCUGGUCAACAGGCUGGACGCAUCGCUCUGGAUCGGCCUCUACAGGCAGGACGAUUCCCUCAGCUACCGCUGGACGGACGGGAGCGACACGGUGUUCAGCCACUGGGACGCAGCUGACAGUGGGGACACUGUGGAGGCAGACUGCGUGUACAUGGACGGCAGCGGGGGCUGGAGAAGAGCAGACUGUGACACGCCGCUGUCCGGAGGCCUGUGUCACGUCCCCCCUAACAAGACAGAGAAGCCCACUGCAUCAGCAGGGGACGCUUGUCCGUCAGCAUGGGUGGAGUUUGAAGAUGGCUGCUACAGCUUUGACACCAUGCUCCAGGAAGUCACUCUGGAGGAGGCCAGAGCCAUCUGCAGAAACAAAGCGAAUAUGUCCGAUGUUCUGACCUUGGAGACUCGUGAGGAGAUGCGCUUCAUCAUGAGCCAGAUAGAGGAGCUGUGGUCCACCUUCAGGUUCGACCGCCACCAGGCCAUGUGGCUGGGCAUGCUGUAUGACACCAGCGCGGAAGCCAUGGUGUGGUUGAACGGUUCUCCUGUGGAGUUCACCAGCUGGAACGUCAAGGCUCCGUCUCCUGAAGACUUCAAGGUGGACGCCUGCGUGUCCAGCAGGAUAGUGGACGGAGUGUGGCACGUGUCCACCUGCUCCGCACGGCUCGGCUUCGUCUGUGAAGCACACCCUGGCAUCAGGACUGAGGUGAAAGUUGAACCAUUAAAUGGGUUUCAUCAUGUGAUUGUUCUAGCUGCAGUCCUGGUGGCCAUUUUGAUUUUCUCUGUGCUGGUGGGAGUGGUCUGGUUUGUUUACAAGAGGAACGCGGCGCGCUUCCGGAGACUUCCGACGCUCGGCAACGCGUACUACAGACAGGACAGCUCCCAGACAACAGACUCAGAUGGAAACGUUCUCAUUACUGAGCUGGAGGCUCACUCUGGAGAGUAGCUCACUCUCUCUCUCUCUCUCUGACUGUCUCUCUCUUGCGUUCUCUCUCUGUCUCUCUCUUUCUUUCUCUCUCUCUCUUUCUCUCGCUGACUAUCUCUCUCUCUCUUUGACUGUCUCUCUCUCUGGAGAGUAGCUCUCUCUCUCUCUCUGACUGUCUCUCUCUCUCUUGCGCUCUUUCUCUCUGACUGUCUCUCUCUCUUGCGUUCUCUCUCUCUCUCUUUGACUGUCUCUCUCUCUGGAGAGUAGCUCUCUCUUUCUCUCUCACUGUCUCUCUCUCUUGCGCUCUUUCUCUCUGACUGUCUCUCUCUCUUGCGCUCUCUCUCUCUUUCUCUCUCACUGUCUCUCUCUUGCGCUCUCUCUCUCUUUCUCUCUCACUGUCUCUCUCUCUUGCGUUCUCUCUCUCUCUCUCUCUCUCUGACUGUCUCUCUCACUGUCUCUCUCUCUCUCUUGCGUUCUCUCUCUCUCUCUCUCUCUCUGACUGUCUCCCUCUCUCUCUCUCUUGCGUUCUCUCUCUCUCUCACUGUCUCUCUCUCUCUCUGUGACUGUCUCCGUUCCACUUGCAGUCCAGCUUGCCGUGUCAUGGCUUCAAGACAAGCAGUAUUCCUCAGGGUGAUGACAGACUGAUAGCGAUAGCACACAUCAGAAUUCAGAACAAUGAAGUUGAUAACACACAACUGUUUUUUUUAAUUAUUUUUUUAUGAUCGUUAAGCCUGAUGGUACUGAACUUGUUUUGGCUUAAAGAUAGCGUCAAACUUGUGUGGAAUUAUGUUUGCGUGGGGAGGAAGGGCCCACAGGAAGUGACAUCUGUGUAAAGAAGUACCUGAAAGUUUGAGGAGCUUCACAGGAAGUUGUUGAAACGGUUAACAUGAAGUUGUUGAAACGGUAUGAUUAAUAUUGUAAAAAAGAAAAGGAACACUGCUUUAAUUCUACAUCCUAAGGUACAGGUGAAUAUGGACGGUUUGAACAUAGUUUUUAAUAAAUGCUCCUUGUUAGCACUUUACUUAAUAGACCAAACCUGAUUAAUAAUGCAUUCAGUUACCAGAUGUUUUUGUCCAAAGCACAGGGGAAUUUGAACCUGCAACCACUUGAUCUGCAGACAAAUGCUCUAACCACUGAUCUCAGCACUCAGUAUCUUAUGGAUCUGAUCUUAUAAAAGCAACAUGACUUUUAUGCAAGUAGGUUUUACAUUGAUGCUAUUCUGUAAUGUUACAACACAAUCACACACACUCUGGAAAAACGUAAUUUGUGCCAUGUGACAAUUACGACAUUUUAUUUAUGGUUAUUUAUCAAAAUUGUUCACGUAGCUCUGUUACUUCCUGGCAAACCACUUUAAAAAACAACAACAAAAACGAUCUGAAUGUUAUUCUGUUACUUUUAUUGCGUUUAAAUAAAAGCUUUUGAGAAGAGUAGACUAGAUACUACAAUAUACGUCAGUGUUAAUUUUCAUGGUUUUUCCGUGAGGAUCAUUAUGAUGCUUGAAAGUUUACCUUUUUUACCAAUUGUAUAAUUUCAAUAAUGUGCAUGUUAAUGAUAGGGGCCUACGUAAAUGCACACUUUUGCUCAUGUUCCUGGCUUGCUGUUUAUGUAAAUAAACUCAAGCUACGUCCCA